AUGACUGGCAAAAUUUCACCCCUCUUCACUUUUGUUGCAAUUUUAAUUAUCUGCGUCAUUAACAUCGAGGCUAACCCUGCUAUUGCAACAGGAUAUGACCCUUUAGAAGUGUGUAUCGAGAACUGUGCACAAUGUAAGAAGAUGCUGGGUGCUUGGUUUGAGGGACAUCUAUGCGCCGAAUCCUGUCUUGAAAUGAAAGGAAAACGCAUCCCUGAGUGUGAAAAUUUUGCUUCUAUCGCGCCAUUUAUCAACAGAUUAUAA